AGAGAGAGAGAGAGGUGCAGCUGAGGAGCGACUCCACACUUUCAGCUCUGGAGAUUUUUGUAUUGUGAAGUUUAAAAAAGAAUUAAGUAUACUGAGGGAAGAGUUUUCGAAGAAAUAAGUUGUUGUAGAACACACUACAUUCAGAAGCUGAAUCAUGGGUACCAGUGAGAGCAAGAUGGCUGUGGCAUCGACACCCAAGCCAGAGCCAAUCCAUCGGCUUAAGACUCGACACUUCAACCAGCUUGUAGAUCCUCGAUCUCCGUCCUGUGGGAUCAACCGCACACCUAUCCAGGUGAAUGGCACGCCCUUGACAGUCCAAGAAGUUCAAGAAGCUAGACCGGUGCAUGUUGAUCCACGGUCACCUACAGUUGGCAUUGUUCGCACUCCACUAAAGGAUAGUAUGAAAGUAGCGGUCAGCUCACUGGCUCGUCGGCUGAGCACGUUCUUCCUUAAUGAUGUGAUGGUUGGUGACUCUGCCUCCACUCCACUCCCCACUGCGCCCUUGAAGCAAAACAGUCUGCCUACUGUAGAACAGCAGGAUGAGGUGAACUCCAAAGAGCCUCUCCUCCCACCUCAUUCCCACGACUCGCUCAGCGUGUCAACUACCGACUGUCCGUCUACUCCGGCAGAUUUCAGCUCUUCCGUGGGUUAUGGAUCCUUCUCCAGCAGUCUGUUUGUGGUGGUCGGUGAGGCUCCCGUUGAGGUCGGGGUGGAUACUGACCUUGAUGAGGUUGAAGAAGCUGUCCUCCUGGGCCAGUCCCCCCUUAAACGGGAGCUCAGCCUCAGCAUGCUCGGCUGCCGCGAGGGUGUUUACUCGCCCGAGUUUUUCCCCUCAGUCGAGGAGCGUCCUUCAACUCCUCUUCCUCCUUUGGACAGCAGGCAAGAUAUGGAUCACUCCUACGCGGUUCCUUGCGUCGCCUGUAUGCCUGUCCAGUCUACUCCUGUCCAAGAAGCCAUCUUAUCACCAAGGACUGCUGACGCUCCGCAGUCACCUGAGCAAGCGUGUUUCAUAGAAGAAAUCCCUGUACUGCCAGAGCAAGGUCUGAAAUCAUCCGAGAAGUCAAAGCUGAACAAUUCUGAAGCAGCCAAGAGUGAAGUCCUACCGUCUGCUGUAGAAGUCCCCAGGUUUGACACCUGCAGCCCAAGCCAGGCUGUGUUUAAGCCCCAGUGGCUGGGUGUGGGAUUUGGAGCGACAGGUGUCCGUGCUAGAGGAGUUAAGAGCCGGGUUCGAGGACCCUCUUCCCCGCUGUCCACCUGCAGACCAGCUAAUGAUGAGAAUGAGAAUAAGGUUGUGCUCAAACAGAAGCAGAGAGGCAUCUCUACUCUGAUUGGAGAAGGCAGAUCCCCUCUGCAGAUCCUCAAGGAAACCAAUUCACCUAGAAGCAACAAUACACAGAUGAAGCUGAAGGGUUCUACUCCGGAGAAACAGAGGUUUAGCCAGAUGGACAGAAGAGCUCUCGUUCUUUCUCUCAGUAAAGAGAACCAGUAGAAGACGGAUUCAGUGGACAGACUAAUGGACUUCGAUUAAAUUUCCAAGUCAACGCUCUGUACAUAGAGCCCAGUUUCUCUCUCAAAGCAGCUGUACAGUGAACUUUGUGUGUAUGCUGUGUACGUCAUUUAACAUUCCUUUUUCUUUCAUCUUUAUCAGUGUCUUCCUUUUUCCCUUGUAAAAAAACCUUGUAAAUAAAAUCAGUUAUUUUAAA